AUGCCUUCUAAAGCCGAAGGACUGGUCCUCACGGUGGACCCGAAUGUCAUUCACAAGGUCGACACAAACAACCACCAGAACCUGUUCAGCCUGUGGAAUGUCUUUUCCAGAUGCGCCGAGUCGGUUGAACAGGGCCGAAGGUUGGAGAACCUGAGCUGGCGAUUGUGGAACAGAGAAACCUUCUGCACAAAGCCAAUGCCCGCCACUGCUGCCACUGCACUUCCCAAAGACAUCCCCGAACCUCAACAACAGCACAUACCAGAAGUCCCUCAGCUAUCUGGAAGUGUCGACUCCAUUGCUGAUGAGGAGGCCAUCGAGUUCACAUCCGAGACCGACCCGAGGGAGAUCGACCGGCCCCGAAUCGUUCGACAAGAUUCAUGCGCCAGCAGUCGGAGUAGAGGUCGUGAACUUCACAUCACUUCAGACCACCUCGAAAAGAUGGUUGUCACCAUCAUCAAAGAGAAGGAGCCGAACCUAUCACCUCUGCCACAGAUCAGCUCCCCUUCCAUCGAACCACAAAGCGAUCACUCAGACUCCCCAUGCUCAGAGGUAGAACACCAGACGACGCUCGCUACUGAGUCUGCGUUCUGUGGAUCUUCAGCCGUUGCAUCACAUGCAUCCGCCAAGUCUGAUUCAAGCGAAGCGUCUCCUGCUAGCAUUGUCGUUCGUGGCUUCUCGCCAUCGCAGAUCCCAACUCUACGGGUGCCCCGCGAGUCCAAGUCCUUGGCCCCUGACGCCAUCCCCGAGCCUCAGUCGUCUCCUGCCCCCAAGCCAGUGCAGCCUAAGAAGCAGCCUGCGAAGUUUGCGCUGGGCGGGUCUUCCGAUGAGUCGUCUCCCCAGAGCUUAGAGAUCCGUCAGCCAGUGCCUCCACCUAAGAAGAAGAUGUUUGCGCUUGGCGGCUCAUCAGGUUCUGGCGAAGAUAAUAGCCCGUCGUUGAAGAGUGCCAUGCACUCGUCACGACCGAGCUCCUUGCUCAAAGCGCAGAAGAAACAGACGUCCUUCAGCAACCAGGUCACAAUGCGAACCAUCCCGACUAGCGAUCAAUCAGACAGCUACAUGGACGAGAGUGCGAUCGACGACGACGAGGAUGACUCGGAGUGGGAGGACUCGAUCGAGGAGAGCGGCAAGUCGAGCGUGGAUGAUCCGAUGACAUUCAAGCGGGUACCUUCAAAGACCAACCUCACCUCUCGAAGGUCUCUCAUCAGCCUCAUGUUCGCCGGACAAGAGGAGCGAUCUAAAGGUCUCAGCAACUACGCCUCACAAUCUACGCCAGCCAUCCAGCAGCGUGCGCGUCACUUGCAGAACUCACCCAAGGCGGCUUCUCCGAGCGACUCAGACGACAAUGGGCUGGAGAUGCGAAGGGGUCUACGUCCCACGCCAUUGAAGCCCAUCAAUGAGAUCCCUCGCUCCGGGGCUCAGCCCAUCGUGACGAACGCGCAGACCCACCACCACCAGCAAACUGCUCUGUCUCCUCGCACGACCAGGCGGAAUAUGCUUUCCACCGAAUUAACCGAGUCGCUCAGACGUCAACUCCUGUGGGAGCGCCAGCAAAAGACUUCGACCGCUAAUGCCGUUCUGAAGAGGCGCCAUACGUCCCACGACGUAGCCAACCUGAAGCAAUACCCCGAGAAGGCUUAUAUGAACAAGGCCAAGGAAGAGGUCAAUCCUAGCAGCUGGAACCAAUAUAUACGAGAAGACGAAAACCGUGGAUACCAUGCUCAGGGCUGGUAG